GAAUGGGAGGUGGGAGGGGGAAGUGUGUGCGCAUGCUCUGACGGUGCUGUAAUCUACAUCCGCGCCCUUUCCUCUCCGGGGCUGGGAGUUCAGUUUCAUAUAAUUUUUUUCCCUCUCUCCUCACCAAUCUAUAUAUAUAGAGAGGUCUCCGAAACUUAAGGACAAGGGGUUUAAAAUCCCUGGGAAGACGAGAUAUGAGGUCAGAGAAGAGGAGUGCGGAAGCGGACGGGUGAGACUGUGAAUCGAGGCGUUUGUUACAAUUUGGAGACUUUGUAUCAAAGGGCCUGUAUCAACGUUCCAUUGAAACUCAACGUUCCAUUGAUCGCCGCCGCCGCCGCAGUCUGCGCUGCUGUUUCAUCUCAUCGGCUAUAAAUUGUCCGCCUCAGUUGCCCCCCCUUCUCCCCGCAUACCCCUACCCCCUUUCCCCACCCUCCCUGCCCCACCGCACCGAAGAUGGGCGGCGCGUUCGCCAAGAUAUUCGGCAGUAAGGAGAUGAGGAUACUGAUGUUGGGCUUGGACGCCGCCGGCAAGACCACCAUCCUGUACAAGCUGAAGCUGGGCCAGUCGGUCACCACGAUCCCCACGGUGGGCUUUAACGUGGAGACGGUCACCUACAAGAACGUGAAGUUCAACGUGUGGGACGUGGGAGGGCAGGACAAGAUCAGGCCGCUCUGGAGGCACUACUACACGGGCACGCAGGGGUUAAUCUUCGUGGUGGACUGCGCUGACCGCGAUCGCAUCGACGAGGCCAAGCAGGAGCUGCACCGGAUCAUCAACGAUCGCGAGAUGCGAGAUGCCAUCAUCCUGAUCUUCGCCAACAAGCAAGACCUGCCCGAUGCCAUGAAACCCCACGAAAUCCAGGAGAAGCUGGGCUUGACCAGGAUUAGAGACAGAAAUUGGUAUGUCCAGCCGUCCUGCGCCACGUCGGGGGAUGGACUGCACGAAGGACUCACAUGGCUAAAUUCAAAUUACAAAUCCUAACCGGACCCCGCGACCUGCGUUUCGUUUUAUUUCCUCGAUCGACUUGGUUGAAUUAAACAUUUAGAAGAGAGGGGGGAAAAAUUCCUAACUUGUACCAGACACAAGUUUACUUUAAUGAAAGCAAUUUUUUUUCUCUUGUUUCGGGAGGGUGCGAGGAAAUUCUGCAAACCAGUUAACUGCGGCUUCUGGACUCAUCUCAAUUCAUUCUACCGAGGGCCCCGACUUACGAGGGACACCAUUGGAG